UGUAUAUUGGAGUUUGUACACUGUGGUUGGUAUAUUGUGAUUUGUAUACUGUGGUUUGUAUACUGUGGAUUGUACACUGUGGUUUGUACACUGCGGUUUGUAUACUGUGAUUUGUAUACUGUGGUAUGUAAACCGUGGUGUGCAUACAAAGUUUAUGGCACAAAAUAU